AUGCGUAGAAUCACUGCUCCAAAACUCUCGGGAAUCCACCGUUUUGCGUGCCUGGCUCUUUACCGAGCACUUCUCCGACAAUGCGCAAAACUACCGAGUAUUACACCAACCCUCAGCGAGGUCAAACCGACGAUACAACAAAAGUUUCACAAAUAUAAAAGCCUCCAAAGCCCGUCGCAAUCACUGAACGCUUUGAACGCUGGAUACGAGGCCCUGGAUUUAAUACACGUCGCGUCCCGAGGAAACGAAAAUACGAUCCAACGCAUCUCAACGUUCAUUUCAGAGUGUGAGUCGGAAAAAGAAACGAACAGUUCAAUUCAACGAGCACUGUCCAAGGCGAAGCCCGUAAAACCCAAAUCUAAGAAGGAACAGAAGAAAGAAGAAAUCCAGGCAUUUGAGAAGAGGACCGCGCGACGACACCCAGACGCUGUUCCAAUUACUUCCCGUCCCCGGCCAGUUGUGAGUGGGAAACGUCGGGUACCUAUCCUGAUUAACGCACGCGGCGUUCCCUUUUUGCGUAUCAAGAAGCCGCAACCGAUGAAUCUGAGCGGAGCACUUAGAAGCAAACUCGAGAAUCGCUGGAGACGUAUUGAACGACGAGAAAGAUUGGAGGCGGCGUUAGUGAUGGCGAAAGCAGAAGAUACUUGGGACGAAUUGACGCAUAGCGAAGAGCCAGACACUUGGUCCCGAGUGAUUUCAGAUGCUCUCACAGAAGUAAAUGAUAAGAUCCGCGAAUCCGAUCUGCAGAACAAGAAGCUUGCAAGAGAUAUGUGGAAUGUGGUUCUUGCUGAACGCAAGUUGGCGUCGGAGGAAGAGAAGAGAACGUCAAAUGUAUGA